UUCACCUGCAUUUAAUACACGCUCUUACUGGGUAGGUCCAGCUUCCUAAUGCUCAUUAGAUUUGAAUUAUGAGGGAGAGGGAAAGAACAAGAGAGACUGCUGGAUACGUAAUGGAUUAAAGAAAGAUACAAGGAGAGAGGGAGAGAGAGAGAUUGAGAGAGAGACCGACAGAGCAAAAUAGAAAGAGAGAGGUUGAAAAAGGAGCUGCAGAGUGGAUAUAGUGAAAGUAAAAGGAGUCAGACUAAUUAAAGUCAGUAAGUAUGGAUUCAGAGCAUGGUACCACAGCGACAGCUGACACCAUGGUCCCCGGACGUCAGUGCCAGGAGUCUGGUACCACUGCGACAGCCGACAACAUAGACCCUGGAAGUCAGUGCCAGGAGUCUGCUACCACAGCAACAGCCGACACCAUGGUCCCUGAAAGUCAGUGCAAGGCUGAGGAGGAGGAGAAGGAGGAGGAGGAAGAGGAGGGAUCCGGAAACCAUGCGCACCCAGACACAGACCCAGUCCUGGUGUGGGCCCCCAGUGGGAGACGGCUGCUCUCCGGGCUCCUGGGCCUCAACGUUGUCCUCCUAGGGGCAGCUCUGGUAGCUGGCCAGGCCUUCAACCCUCAGGGCCUCAGGCACCAGGAGCCCCAGAUCUUCAUGUUGCUGCUGAUGUGUCUCAGCCUGGCCUGGAUGCUGUGGUACCUACUCUGGGCCAGGAGGAAACCUGGGAUUAGCCCACAUAAAGACCACCAUGCUGGGGGAAUCACCGUCACAGUGGUCCUGAUGCUGUUUGCCGCCUUCAGUCUCCUGAUGCAUCUCUUCAAGAUGGGUUACUAUGUCAUGAUGAAGGAGUGUAAGCCGGUUGCUAAAGUCCUUGCCCCCUUCAUCGAGGCUCCCUUUCUUGGCCUACAGACCUAUUUGCUCUGGGCUCACUCCAAAGACUGUAUUCACAAGCACAAGAUCAUUACCAGGUCUGGGCUGAUGGUUACUCUGAGCGCAGAUCUGUUGCUGUGGCUGAACGCGGUGACAGAAGACACCGUUCAUCUGGAGAUAGAGAUGGAGAAGGAGGACGGCCGCGCCACGUAUGGCAGCGCAGAUAGCUCUGACUCGGCAGGGCUGAGAAAUGCAACGUUAUGCCAGUGCAGUGCAGACACAGUGUGCCUGUUCUUCAGGAAGGGUUAUGAAGUCCUGUAUCCCUUCAACAUGGAGUACUACCUGAUGGCAGGCUGCAUGCUUUAUGUGAUGUGGAAGAACGUGGGCAGGCGUAUGAGCCCUGGGUCAAUACCCCACCAUGCCCAGAAGAUUACCCUACGCAUCGUCCACGAAGGUGGGAUCAUAUUUGGGCCGUUGUUCGGGGGUCUGGUCCUUAUAGCUGGGGUGGUUGUGUUCAUCCUGUAUCAAGUUUGGGUGAACCGAGGCCAGCACCGGCCCACUGCGUUUUUGAUAUUCUACAGCUACCAUCUAGCUGUGAUGCCCAUCAUGUCCCUCUGCUCCCUGGCUGGCGUGUUGGUCCAUAAGCUGGAGAAGAGGGCGGAUGAGAGGGGACAUAACCCCACGCGUAGCCUGGAUGUGGCCCUCCUGGUUGGGGCAGCCCUGGGCCAGCUUGCCCUGUCCUAUUUCUCUCUGGUGGCUGCUCUGGCUGUGGGGCCUAGCGGACCACUGGGAAGCCUGGAUCUUUCCUACUCCCUCCUAUGCCUGUUGGAGCUCCUGCUGCAGAAUGUCUUCAUCAUCAAUGGCCUCCACCGACACCCCAACAUGGCCCUCACCAAGGGGAAAGGAAAGGAGAGGAUCAGCAUUUUCAUGAAGAGGAAGACCAUGGAGAAUACAAAUGACAGGAAUAAAGUAGGAGGAGCGAUGUCUCUAUUGGAGAAGGGAAAGGCAGUGACAGCACCACCUGGUUGCCAAGUCAAGGAAGGACAACAGACCUUGUACAAAAGAGUCACACAGGAGAUCUGUGCCUUCCUCAUUCUCUCCAAUAUCAUGCUGUGGAUGAUCCCAGCAUUUGGAGCCCACCCCCAGUUUGAGAACGGCCUGGGGAAGCAGUUCUUUGGCUUCUCUGCCUGGUUUGUCCUGGUCAACCUGGUUCAGCCUCUGGGAGUCUUCUACAGGAUGCACUCUGUGGGGGCCCUGAUAGAGAUCCUGGUCACUGGCUGAGCUCCUAUCCUCUCCCCCACCCCCCUCCCCUGUUCUCUUCUCUGCCUGGUUUAACCUGGUUCAGCCUAUGGGAGUCUUCAACAGGGGGGCCCUGAUGGAGCUCAUCACUGCCUGAGGGAUAGGAACCACAACACUGACAAACUGCUCCCCUCUGGGACAUAAGGCCACAAUGAGCUCCGCCCACCUUUUCAUAUCCUUGGGUGAAAUGUUGUGCCGACUGACUACUAGUGACUAGCUAAAUAUCACAUUUCUGUAAAGAUGAGACAUGUAAACAUUUCUCUGUUGACAUUAAAAACAUGUGUACUUUGA